AUGAAAGCUGUUGCAGCCUUCUUGCUGGUUCUGUGUUGCCUGGCUAUAAAUCAUGAUUUUGUCUUCAUGGCAUGGAGAUGCAGCCAGGCUCCGGCUGCCAAACAGGUUGACACUGGAAUGGGAAUGGUGGUUGCAACAGACAUUCACAAACGGCCCCAUUUCCUGAGUGGAUUGUCCUGGUACAGACUGGGCACGUUCGCCCACAAGCAUUUCUCAGUGGGAUCUUCAGGAACGUGGGGGACUGAUGCCGCAAACAGGGUCCACAAAUUAGUAGCUGGCAACUUCAGACGAGUCAAUGGUCUGACUAUGCAGCAGGUAGAUGCUGGUGGUGAUGGGCAGGUCGUCGGGGUAAGGCCCUCCAACUAUUGCAUCUACUGCAUGAGAGAGGUUAAUGCUGUGUCAUACACUGGAGUGGGCAGUGGCAGCUGGACUAACAUUGCUGGAACCCUGAAGUACCUCAGCUGUGGCCCACUGUACGGAUGCUGGGGAGUUCACCGAAACGCCCAAGUUUAUGUCUCUAGGGCAAUAUCACCAACCACCUGCAUGAAUAGUGGCUGGAUAUACGUGUCAGGGCUAGCAAUGUAAAUGAUUGAAGUGGGGACAGACGGAAGUGUUUUUGUACAAUGGGCCCGCUCUACCAAAGUGGACAAUGUCAGCAGGGACCAAAAGUCUGCCCUCGACUCAGGCUCGGUCGGUCGUGCAGGGGGCCUCCUGUGGACCACGCUGUGA